ACCACGAGUACUACUACUACUACUACUGCUACUGCCUCGCCCUGGAGUCCACAACAACCACCCUCGCAGCGACUACUACAACAACAGCAGCACCAACAGCAACAGCAACAGCAGCACCUCGCGUCUGUGCGCGCUCGCACUUUCUCUGAAAUUCGGUGGUUGUCGCCACCGCGGAACGACGCGCGGAGUCACCAGGAUCCUCCGUCUCUCGCUUUUUCACAGCCUCAGGCCGCGUCGACGUCGCCACUGCUAGGCCACCCUCACGUCCACACAUACUACCACUUCGCGACCAUUUCAACACCUCUGAGUCUGCACAUGUCUCCCUACAUGGCCGAUCAGAUGGCCGAUAGCAUGGAAACCAUGCAGACGCCAGUGUCUCCCGUUAGCGCGCAAAGUUCGCCUCACGACACGACCAUGGGCGAUCAACAGCAGCAGAUUACCAGGAAGCGAUCGCAUUCAGUCAUGUCGCAACAGCAUGCCACUACAGAACCUCAUCCAGCACACAGCCGAGCGCCUUCAAUACACUCUCAGACCGGCGUUGCAGAAGACUUCUCGCCCCGAGGCUCUCGCGCCUACAAGCGUGGCGAUCCUCCCACGAACGACCAGGGCAAGUAUAUCUGCGAUUAUGGCGACGAGUGCUUUGGUCAGAUCUUUGAUCGAAAAUGCGAAUGGAGCAAGCACAUGGACAAGCACGAUCGGCCCUACCGCUGUCCGCACCCCUCUUGCGCGAAGCUCCAAGGCUUUACGUAUAGCGGAGGUCUCUUACGUCACGAGCGGGAAGUGCACGGCAAGCAUGGAGGGCCCAAGUCGCAGUUGAUGUGCCCAUUCACAGAUUGCAAACGCCAUUCUGGAAAGGGUUUCACACGAAAGGAGAAUCUCAACGAGCAUCUUCGGCGCGUACAUCAAGGCAAGGAAACCGUCUCACAACAAGAUCCUUUACUCGAGCGAAACAGCGCUGAGGUUGCGCCUGGUGCUGAUGGUGACGAGACCCAAAUGAGCCAUCUGUCCACCGGCGUAAAGCAUGAGAUGUCACAGCUUGCAACCGGUGUGAAGAGAAAACGCUCGAUGCCACCUCAAUCUCAAGACGAGUAUGGUGCAUCACAUCUGGUCGAGACUUCGGAACAAGAACUCGCACGACUUCGUGCAGAUAAUGCGCUCCAAGCCGAUCGUAUCCGACAAUUGGAAGCAACAGUAGCGAUGAAUGCCGAGGAGAUGCAGCGCCUCAAAGAAACUAUGAAUCUUUGGGCACAGCAGACGGGCGGUCAAAAUCAUCACGUUCAGCACGAGCAGCAACAACAGCAACAACAACAUCAACAACAUCAACAACACCAAGAGCUUGAUCACCAGCAACAUGAAGAGCACCAUCAACAACAAACAGAAGAACAUCAUCAUCAUGAUCAUCAUCAUCCAUUUGCUCAGCACCAGCAAAUUGUCGAACAACUGCUCGAAUACGCACAGCCGCAAGAUGCAGAACAGCAGCAGCAUGAGGAUCAAAAGUUUGCAGAACAGCUCGCCCAGCAGGCAGAACCGGUGGUUCAGCAGGAGAACACCUUGGCAGCUGAAGUCAAAGCGGCUUUCGCUGCACAAGAGGCCUAGUAUGCGUCGAGUGCAGCGGGUCUGUCGUUGGGAUGAUGAGGGCUCUUGGGAGGUCUUGACGGCUCAAGACAAGCGUGCCAUCCAUCUCCCAUAUACGAUGAAGGCUUUUCUCUGGCAGAGCGUGCGAAUGGGCGUCGUCCCGUGUCCCACCCUACCCACCUACCUGAGUUUUUGGAAAAAAAAAUAUUGGUUGGAGGAAGCUCGAUUCUUGCUGCCUGCCAGUGAGGCGCAGCAGUAGCAGCUAGCUGCUUGGUCUUCUUGUUCUUGGUUGUCUUCGCGUUUGGCGGCUUUUUGUUUUUACUUACCUAAGGUACUUUAGGUACCCACUCGCCGACCUCACAAUAUACCCCCCUUUUUUGAACUCCCC